AGCAAGUCAUUGCUGCAAUUUCUAGCUUUGACAGCAAGUUUUUGCUACACUCCAUAUUUAAGCAAUGGCAGAUGGGGAUCAAAAGACCAGAUCUGGUGCGACAGGGGGAGCAAACACAACCCUCAAACCCACAGAUCAGGAUUCACCCUACUACCUCCAUCCAAGUGAUGAUCCAGGGAGGAUUCUUGUAACAACUUUGUUGAAUGGGGACAACUAUCAUACUUGGAGGAGAGCAAUGCAAAAUGCUCUUUACGCCAAGAAUAAGAUUGGAUUUGUAGAUGGAACUCUUGAGAAGUCGGAGACAACCUCACCUCAAUACAAAGCAUGGAUGAAGUGCAAUUCUAUGGUGCUCUCUUGGAUCCUUAACACAAUCACUAAAGAGCUACAAGACAGCGUGGCUUAUGCAGAGGCAGCAAAAGAAAUUUGGAAUGAACUGCUGGAACGGUUUACUCAAGGGAAUGCAUCUCGUGUGCAUGAACUCAAACUUGAAUUAGCAACAUUGACACAGCAAACAAGGUCAGUAUCUGCUUAUUUUACCAAACUAAAGCCAAUUUGGGAUGAGUUACAGGCACAUGAACCAGUACUUGUCUGCACUUGUGGCUGCACAUGCGGGGCAGCAAAAUAAUAUGCAAAGGCUCGAGAGACGGAGAGAAUCCACCAAUUCCUAAUGGGAUUGAAUGAAAACUUUUCCACAAC